UCUAUAAAAAAUUCUCCAUGAAUCCUCUGCUUUUAGUUCCUGCCUAUAGGGCUGAAGCUCUCAAUUUAUGAAAUGCACACUGCCUGUCUUCAUUUAAGUCAUGGUAUUCACCCCAGUGCACCUGCCUUUGGUGCACUGAAGCAACAGGAACUUCUUUUGUUGUGCCUAAUAGGGAGAAGAGAGUGUGUAUGGGUGGAAAUGCUGCUUGACUAUCCUAGCCUGUCUGGCUUGCACAGACACCUGUGGUGGAGAGAUGCACUGGCAGCACAGUGUCAGCCAGUAAAGGAAUAGGGAGAGUUUUUUGAUGGUGCCAACACCAAUUAAAAACGGAAAAACCUUUGCCUUUGCCAUCCUCCCACAGUUUCUACAGCAAGACAAAAGUACAGUAACACUGUGUAACUCCCUCUCUAUUACUAGCUCUGUGUGGCAAUACAUUCUUAGCUUUUCAGCAGCAGUAGGGUAACUCAUGUUGGUGCUUCUUAGUUUUCAGCACAUAAACUCAUGGGAAAGCAUCAGGGAAAAUUAUCUUUCUUAAAUUCUUCCUAUUUUGUGAAAAACACAUAAAUUCCUACUCCUCAGCAAUGGUGGCAGUGUGUCACUAGGACAAGCUAUUUUUGUACCCUUUCUUUAUUUUUUUCCAAGCAUAUUCAACUAAGCUCAACAAUUUAAUUCUGAUGAUGACUUCAAGUGCUGUGAGCCCCAACACCACUGAGGCUAUCCCUGUGCUCUCAGUGUGUGGAGAUAGUGGUGCGUCACCAAAGGACUCAGAGAUUGUAUGGGCAUCACUACGGUCAGGGAACUUUGCAGAAUACUGGUUUUUUUCAGUGCUGGGGAGUCAUUCCUUCUGAUGAAAUGAAAUUAUCAUAAAGUUUAAAAGAGAAGAAUUUUCAGCCUUGUUUAUGUGCUUGCGGUCUUGGGGAUUUUCCAAGUUUCUCUCAAUAAAACUGUAACCUUUUCUAAUUUAUACCCUGUUUCCUUCGUGGUUGAUACAGUAGCUUUGAAACCCAGGGCGAUGCUAAAGGUUUCCUUGUACAUAAUGCUUGUGCACAACCUUAGUCUCAUGCUCUGUGAGACAAAAUUUCCUGCUGUUACCCUAAGGUAUGGUUUCUGCUUCUAGAGCUAGCCAGUGUAACCUUGGGCAUUUGAGAACUUUUCUCCAAAAAUGAACUCCCAGAAACAUCAAAAACAUUACCCCAAAAUUAAGAACUUUGGCUAAGAUCCAAAGUAUAAAAACCCUGCUCACAUUUUUUACUAAAUUUCUCUGUUAGGUUUAUCUAAGAUAUUGGCAGGCAAAAGCAGCCAGACUGGCAGUCUGAUUGCAAUACUGACAUCUCAUGGCUAAAAGAAGAAGUUGCUACCUUUCUUUCUUUUUCUCCUCAUUCCUCCUCCAUCUUCCUCUCCUUCGUCACCUGAAAAGUAUCCAUUUCCAUAAGUACCACAUUGGUGUGAAAGUACAGAGUAUUACACCCAAGUGGCAGGUCACACACAUUUACACAGUCACACUUCAGUGCAACUGGAACCUUCAUUCACUUCAAAAAAAAAGCCAGGAAUUUGGCUUCUUUCUUCUGAAUCUGGAUUUCUACAGCUGGUGUAAAAGUGGCACCAGCAAGCGAAAUGCAUAUGAUUUCUUUGAAUGCCCCUUACACUGCUUACACAGCAUUUCAUUGCAGCCUCUUCCCCAAACUCUAAGGCUGCCAAGAAACAAAUUUCUGGGGAAGCAUGGAAGCUGUUGCAGGGUUCUUCAGAGAGAGCACAGAGAUGCUCUAAAUGUGUUUUCCCACCUGUGAUGCAUUUCCUUUCUGAAAAUACAUUGUAAUGCUUUUAUUUCCAAUCCCAGCAGUGAAGGUGAGUGUGCCCCUGGAGGACUUCUAUAUCGCCAUGAAGAAAACAGAUGGAUCUGACUUUGUAGACACAUCAUUCUGCACUAUCCAUCUAGGCUUGGAUCAGAUCCUCAGGAAUGCCGGUGGAGGCCUCUCCACCACCAGCAACACAUUCAGCUCUUCCACGAGAAAACUGAAGAAUAAGCCGGAGGUCUUGAGCAAGGCAUGUCUGAUGACUGCUCCCACAGUGUCUACUCCUUCCUUGUUGAUGAGAGAGGUGUGGAGGAUAAGAUGCCUGGGAGGUGACGGCCCCAUAGCCCUGCUCUCCAGGGGGAAAUACUGCAGCCAAGACCUGAACAUGCAAAUCUUGCAGGAGAAGGCAGGCAGAGAGUCUGAUGACAUUGUAUUGCUGAGAGACUCCCAGAACAGGUUAUUUUUUGCCAAUGGUAGCAGGAGGCAAGAAAAGAGGCAGAACAUGGACUGUUAUGGCUGGAUCCCCCAUGAGCACAAGCUCUGCCCAGAGUGCCUUCUCUACAAGCACAUGUGCAUACGAGAGGCAAGUCACCCCUGCCUGGUGGUUUGGCAGCAGGUCAGAGGCAUGAGGAAUGGUUGGUACAAGGAGCCAAGGGUGGGGAUAUCCUCCCUCAGAGCUGUCAUCUUCAAGCUGGUGAAGAACCUGGAGCACUGUGAAAACUUUACUUUUGUUUCUUUCACUAAAGGUUUCCAGGAAGUUUUUCCAUCUUAGCAUCUAAGACAGAGCAACUCUGCCCUCUAUCUGCUCUCCGCAUCCAGCAUCCCAAGCAGUCUCUAGGAUGAUGUGAACAAGUUUAGCUGCUUUCAAACAAGAGAAAGAAGUGGAAUGACAGGACAGGGCAGAGGAAGGCAGAGCAUGCUGAGGGCCCAUUUUUGGGAUGAAUACUGAUUUUUUUCUGAAGAGCUGGGGAGCAGUGGUCUCCUUCAUCACUAUGAGGUCUUCCAAGGAAAGAGCUGGUGCAGAGUUUUUUCUUCACUGGAGGCAGGUAACAUGUAUAUGAUGGAUUUUCCUCCCCAGUAAGCAUAGCUAGGAGAAAGGAGACUGAGUUCUGGGGACCAAGAACCCCUGAAGCUUAAGUGCCUAUGCUUUCAGAGCCACUGUACAAAAAUUAUUUUCUUGUGAAUCGUAUUUUUUAAUGGUUCACAGCUUUGUAAGCUUGUUUGGCAUAUUGUAAAUACAGUUAUUUUUCAUUACCUGAUCAUUUACACUAGAUCUGUAGGCACUGAUAUAAACUACUACAGGUUUACCAAUUAAUAAACAAAGACAUAGAAUUAAUUAGCAAAUAAUUAGCAGACAAAAAAUAGCAUCAC